CCUAAGUUUGAAACCGUCAGCCUACAGUGCAAUCACACCUCCGUCGUCUUCCCGAAGCCUUUCGCGUUUACUAAACUCAAACUCCUUUUCAGCAUCCACUGCACGAUGGAUCGUCAGCUUUUUUACUCAUAUACUGAAAUUGCGGCUAAUCGAAAGCCCAAUGGCCGAGCUCAAUAUGGGCAUCUCUCUGUACCAACCGCCGGAAGUUCAAAAUCAUCACAGCAAUCUACACACAAUACCUCACGCGGCGUUGGCCCAAGCUUCAGGGCAGAUGCAAUCGAGAUUCCCAGCGAUAGCGAGUCCGAUGACGAAGACGAUUUUUUCCCGCCAAUCGAGGAACUUAUCGGACGCGAUCGCGGCAGCGUUGCCGGUGCAGGCAAGGAUUCCAAUACGUCGUCCGGCGCCGGUGACAACGCCGUAGGAGCGUCCGUUAUUCACGGGCUAGGCCAAGACAAUGGGGCCGGAAAUUCGGCGGCUGGGGGGGAUGGUCUGCGGCCGGACGCCUGCAAGUCGUCGGAAGCUUUGAUUGGCCCUACCCUUCCGCCGGGGCCCAUAAGGGAUGUGCUGGUCCAAACACCAGACGAGCUGCCGGAGGCUUACAGCGUCCUGGAGCUAAAUGACGGGGCUCCGCCAGGCCCCCCGACUUUGCCAAGCCCUUUUCCUGCCUCAGCCGAGCAUUUAGCAACCCAUGCCGGUGAGCAUACCGCUCCACCCUGCACCGAGCCAAGACAUGACGCUUUCGGUAUGAAUUUUCUAAAGCCUCCCUCUCUGCCGGCGCUGCUAGAACGACGCCUUACGUCGGCUGGGCCCUCCCAUCUGGUCCAGGACCCGCCGAGUCCUGUCGGCAGUGACCACGCUCCACGCUCGAGCAGCGUGUGGUCCACGCCUGAGGCAGCCACCUGCGACGAGGGGGCUAGGUUCUCCGGCGCGUCGCCAGCUAGAGGAGCGGGGACGCCUAGUUCAGGCCAUCUCUCCAGGCACUGCUCACCGGGCCUGGAAGACCAUUCGGAUCGAGAGGGCAUGCCUUGUCGCCGCCCGGUUGGUGAUUGCCAAAAGGCUAGCGACAAUGAUAUCAAUGACAAAGCCGGAACGCUUAUAGCGAAGCGGAAUUUAAGACCGAGGAAGGCGGAUGUUCGUGACGGGGACCACUAUGCAUCCGGCAUUUCCAGUGUUAAUUCCGACGACGAAAGCGGCGAUGGCCAGCCAUUUGACACUCGGGGCAACCUUCAAUCCAAUCCUGGCAGUCGCCGGCGCGACCAUGGGGACGACGGCACUUACCACCCUCGGAAUAGCGACAGCGACCAGCUGUCACCACGCAAACGCCGCAGAAGAAGCUCUCCCGCUUCGACGCCACGCAGAACAGCCGCCAAACGCCAAACGGGUUCCCACCGCGGCGACAGCAGGCGAAGACAAAUCCAAAAACGGAGCCCACUUCGGCACGAUAUUCCCAGCCCGCCGUUUUCACAAGGUCCUGGCAAGGAAAUAGAGACCGAAACGACCGAAACCCAGUUCGCAGAGUUUAAGCAAUGGCCACUCGAAGAUGUGGUCCUCAAAUCUGCGACGGUCAACGGCGAAACGAAGUAUCAGCUCGAGUUUAGCCGAGGCCGUUGCCCGGAUCACGAAUGCAAUAGCGCUUCACCUCGUCACCAACAACGAAGGCUGCCGGCUAAAAGACACCGCCUGGCAGGUCAAAGCCCCGCAUCAACAGCGGGUGCUCCCACGCCCCCAAAUGAGAACGAAUGGGAGGUUGAGGAGAUACUGGCUUCACGCACCCACUAUAAGAAGCUUCAAUAUCAGGCCAAAUGGGUCGACUGGGAAACCGACCAAACGUGGUACUACGCCGAGGGAUUUAAGGGAUGCCCUCACCUUCUUAAACAGUACCACCAGGAUUACCCGGAGAUGCCAGGACCCCCUGUCCGGCUUGAGCAGUGGCUUAGGGCCCACGAAGACGGUGUAAACGUUGAGCAUCAUCCCGAAGACAACAAGCCGGUAGCUGGCGCCACCAGGGCAAAGGAGCCCUGAAAGCGAGGUUUGUUUUUUCUUUCUUUUUUUUUGGAGAGGGAGGGGAGUGAUCUCGUUCGGUCCCCUCCAAGACUCGUUGGCGAAAGCUAGGAGAUAAACCGGGCGGAGAGCGCGGGGACGGAGACGGGAAGCCUGGGCUGUAUUUUGAAAGAUUUUUGUAUGCAGUUAUGCAUGAGGUCUUGGCCGUACAGAAGCGGUUUGUUAGAAUGUGUAAGCAAGCCUUUCAUAAAGGACUAGCGCUUUCAGCCGACGGCUCCGUUAAAGUGUCGAACGCAGAGACGACCUGCACAUUCUCAUAAAAACACCGAGGCCGAUGCGCGCUUUGCAGUUUAAUUAUGUCCGCAAAGAAGGAACCGUGGAGGUCCACGUCACAACUUUCAAGGAAUGGCUACUUGAAAACGCGGUCCUUAAGUCCGUGACGGUCGAAGGCGUAGUAAAGUUCCAGCUGAAGUUUAGGGGCCGUUCGAUACUAAAGGGUUUUGGUUUUUUUUUUGACCCCUUAGCCGGUUUUUUGACCUUAUUUAAGCUUAAUUCUCGACGUGGAUACAACGGCCGGGAGAGCCCUGUGGCCAUUCACGUAUAUUUUGGCCUAAUUUUCAGUGGAUCCCCAUCCGGGGCAAACAGGGAACGCCUAUCUAUAAAAAGCAAUGGGCACAGAGGCUUAAAAUAGAAAUUCCCAAAAAAUUAAACGACCCGUGCAACGGCG